UGAGUUCGUUCCAUUAUGAAAGAUGACCUAGCAGAGAACAUAAAACUGCCUAAUGUUAAAAAAGCAACAAUAGCCGCAAACAUGCCUGUCGGAACGAGUUUUGAAAAUUCUGCGAUGAAAACCUGCUUUUCGUUGUCUUCCCUCCCAGCGACGGACGCUACCCCCGACAAGGGGGUUGUGAAGCCGCGACUUUACAGCAGUUUGACUAAAAAUCGCGUAAAAGCGACGGCAGUUAGACGGUCUUGGGGGAGCACUGCCAGCGAACACCGAGAUGAGUUUUGGUCAGCACUUCAGGCAAAUUACAAUUACAUAAUGGAUAAUCAGCUGAUUGAUAAGUGCCAAGAAGCAAAUAGUGAUUUAUGCAUGGACACUGGCACCUGGUCUUUGAAGGAGUUUUACGCACAGUUCUCCGAACUCUAUUUGUGGUUGAAUAGCGUUCAGGAGACGAUUUAUGGCAAAGAAGAAAAUAUAAGAGAUAAGGCUUUACGCGCACAUUGCGUUAAUGUGGUUCGUGAAAAAAGCUCAAUGCUUACAUUAUUUAAUGAUCAAGCUAGUCAACUGGUGCAGUUGCACCCAAAGGUACAAGAAGAAGUUAGCUGGAGAGUGACACACCUAAAUUCAAAAUGGGACUCAAUUUUGAGUAUUUUAGGACCUUCGGAAUGUGGGCUUUGUGAACAGGAAAAAUGUCUCGACAUUGAUCAUGAGAUCAAGUGUUUGAGGAAAUGGUUUAAAAUGAUGGAAGAAUGUUUGCAGCCACUUAACUUCAGAACCAAAUACACAAAGACUGAAAUUGAAGCGAAAGCGUUAGAACUAAAGGUGCUGCACCGGGAUAUUGAAAAUCACGGUAAAAUUGUGAGUUCAGUAGUAAAGUUGUGCAAGAGACCCGAUGCAAGUUGCAACACUGUCAACGUCCGGCGAAUUGCGAACGGCCUCGAAAGGCGUUGGCAUCUUCUCUUCUUGCGAUCUUUAGAAUGGCAGUGCUACUUGGAAACUUUAUCUAAAAAAGAAAAUUGCAGGAAUACAUCGACCUCAUCUGAUGAAACUGACAGUGACUGUUAUGACGAACCAGUGAAUAAAUAUCCGCGAUUGAGCAGCAGGGAUCAUUCUGGCAUUGAAAGCAGGACAUCGUCUGAGAAUGAAUGUGGCCAUAACCAGGAAAUAUCGAACUCUUCCUUAAUAUUUCAAGACGUAAUGAACAAGAACGCCGCAACACUGUUUACCCCAACAAGCGAAGAUACAGUAGAUGGUAAAUGUUUUAGGUUUGGCGAAGAUACAUCACAUUUCACAAGAUCGAACCGCAAGGCCCCGAAUUUAGGAACAUACUAUUUCAAGCACGAAGACACGGACUCAGAUUUGGAAAAAAUGGAACAGCAUUCGGUACUGUCAAAGCCCGAAGUCCAAAGCACUGUCGAGGAAACAUCGGAGGAAGAAUGGACAUACACAAAAAACACUGACGAAGCUGAAGUUAAAUCGAAACCAGUGCCGGAAGAAACAAUACGAAAGCUCGUACAAAAGGCUGAAGAAUUAGUAAGUCCCGACAAGUGCCGAAAAUUGGACCGAAUUAAUUCGAUCAACAAAAUGUCAAGAGUUAAAAAAUGGCUAAGUAUGGAAAAACCUGACGACAGUUGCGACGCUAGCGGAGAGGACGAUGAACGAGAAUCUCAAAUAUCCGAAGAUUUUGACGAAAGCACAAUCACAUGCCGGCACAACUCGCAAAACACGUCCUUUACGGAACUGAACCAUUCUGAAUCCACGCCGAAAAUCAACCUGCGACAAAGGAAAUACACUGCCAAUCGGCCUUGGAGCGUCUCCUGCAUUUCACAACUCGACCAGACAUCCUCAACGAAAAUAAUUCAAAAUGAUAUAACGAACUUUUCAAUAUCCGAAUCUGCGCUACACAAGCUUGCCUUUACGUCGAAAAACUUGGAAAGAGCGGACGCAGUCAGCGCCAACAGUAUUGGGGUUAAUGGGAACAAUUCAACAUCGUCAACGGUUGAAGAAACGUGUAAUUUGCAAGAGAAAACAUCCCCAAAUAGGCGAAGACGGCUCAAAUUCAAGAAGAAGUGUGGGAAAAUCGAUUUGCACACCCCAUACAGUCCAAUCGGUCCGAAAAACCGAAACUUGCUCAUAAAAUCAGGCUCAUUCUCUGGCUCUAGCAACAAGUUUAACUUCACUGAACGCCACACUUCGAGUGAUCCACCCGCCGUUGAUUUGUAUCAAGGGAAGUACGAAACUUCGACCACAAGUGGCGCUGACAGUGAGGAGGAUCUUAGCAAGAGGAUACCAUCGUUCAAGUUGGGUUCGAAAACGCACUACCUCAAUUCUAAUCUUAGGAACUCUAGUCCGGGGAAAAGCAACACGACCGAGGAACAGAGCAGCUCUUUGUCGGAGCAGGCAGCUUGGGACAGCUACCAGGAGAAGUAUUUAUCUGAGGCGUAUAGCGAGACGCACGAUUCGGACGCGGCUCGAAAAUUGCUGGAGUUUGGCGAAGAUUAUCGGAAUUUUCUGGACAGUCAGUCCGACUGGUCGACGAAUCCCGACUUUUCGCCGACCUUCCGACGCCGAACGUUGGUGCCUUUGUCGGCGCCUGAGUCCGACAGCGACACGGAAUCGCUCCGGCAGCUGCUGAACAGCUCACGAGACCAACUAAACUACACUAAAAGUAUUUACAAGAGACAGGCGUCGUUGGGUAUUAACGAAUACUUGGUAGCUAACGAAAUUGACGAAAUGAUGUCGACGUGCGACCGUCAUUUCGACUUGCUAACAAACGUGGAGAAGAAAUCGGACGAACUUGCCAUCUCGAAGAUUGAUAAGGGGAUUGUCGCAGAAUUAUUGACCCAGUGGACGAAUUUACGAAACGACGUCGCCAAGAUGCAAGAGUACCGAAAUUUGCAAAAAGAUAUCUCGUUUAUGAAAAAUUUGCUUUUGAAGAUGGAAACUUUCGACUCUGAUUGCAUGUUCAACUUGGAGUCGGUCGACGAUCUUCCCAAAGAAGUGGAUUAUUGCGAGAAAAAAUUGGAGGACAUCUAUGAGCACAAGAAGAAGCUUUUGGCGCUGAACGUGGCCGUUCAUCGCUUCGUGGUGGAAAAUAAGGAGUACGGUGGGUCGCCUUUGAAGACGGACAUCUCGGAAAUGUACCGCAUGUGGGAGAAUUUGCUAACAAACACUAACGAACGUUUAGCUCAACUCAGACCCUUGCUCCAACAGUGGAAAACGCUCGACAAUAGACUCGAGCAGUUACAAGUGGAUUUACGGAGCGAUGAGAAAACAUUGCAUCUUCUUGAUACCGCUUUGCAGGGCGGUGUUCUAUCUGAUCAAACGGCGAGCUACGUUCGAGAUGUCGCCAAAUUGCUCUCCGAAACCACCGUCGUACAGGGUUGCAAGAUUCCGGAGCUGUUCACGGAAGGAGGCUCGCUGUCGGACAGCGGCAUUUCGGACGAGGGUUCGGAGCACGAGAUCGGGGAGCGUGAGCGUCGGCUGGCGGCUAUCAGACGCCUGGUGCGUCAACUGGAAGUCGUCCUGGCCCCGGACUGCAAAGCUCGCCUGAAAAUGGCGGAGAGACUGAACGCCGCUGAGGAAGAACUCAAAGCUUUGCAGAAACGUUGUCGAUCGCUGAUCGCUUGCACCGCUGCCUAUUCUCUGCCUGUUCGGCCGUGUGAUGAACAGAGAGAACACGAAGCGGCUAAGGAUCCCGACGACGACGAUCCCGACGAGCCUGCGACGAAUUCCUCGUGGUUUAGGCGCGUAAUGCGCGCCUCAGUUCCCUUCCAAGUGGUGAUCAUCACCCUCUUGUGCGUCGCCUGCCUGCUGGAGCCGCAGUGCUGCGACAACAUGAAUAAUUUUGCAAUGUCGCUGAGCCCGCAAUUGCGCUACAUCAAGGGACCCCCGCCGAUUUGAGGUACUUAGCGAUCUUGAAACGAUUGACACUGCCUUCGGUACUUAUACACUUGCACAAGACGGGCUAUUUAAGUUAUUGAACCGACGUAGCAUAUUGUUAUUGUGUACAUAUGAUUUUUUAUAAUAAAACUGACGGAAGUCCUAUUUGCAGUUAGCAAAUGAUACGCGAAUUCAUAUCAUUUUGGAUAAAUUCCAGCGAGUGUUUUCUGCCUCUACUACCUAUUUAUUAUUAUUAUUAUUUUGACAGUAGGGCGAAACAUUUUCUAUGGGGAGUAAAGUAUUAUAUACAGGGUGGAUGACUGAGGUCAUCCGCGAGUAGGUCCCGAUUCGGUGCACCUGAAUAUUCCAUUGAUACGUCACGUGCCUUAAUAAAGUUUGCUCAUAUUUUUACAUCGACGAGCACGUAAUAUUUUAUUAAACUAUUGCAUGUUAGUGUUAAUUAGUAUGCAUGUGUUUAUUGAUUUUCGGCAACAUCGUGUUUGCGGUUUUGUUUGGUUCAGACAUCGAUGUUGUUGUCUAACCGUUUGGUUAGAUUUAUUUUAUCCAUUUAUGAUUAAAGGUUUUGCGUUAGUAACUGGUUACGUUACUGACACUUUAAUUGUAUUUGCGAGACGUUCGGUGAUUUGGUUGCGACUUUUUAAGGGUGAGUCGGAAAGUUCCGACUUUAUCAUUGGACGUUUCACUUAUUUAAUAACAUAAAUUAUUUAUGACAAUCUUGGGCAUUUGCGUUUUUAUAAGGUUAUUUCUUCGAUACUUUAGUUUUUACAGUUUCGUAGCUUGUAUCACUUAUCUAUAACAUACUGGAUUUAAACUUAAGUUUAAUAUUAAGUUUAUUUCAUUUAUCCGUCACGUAACUACAGUAAUAGAAACAAUUGUCACGCAUUUGCCUAUUUUUAUAUUUUUUAUAAUACUUUAUAUUGCGCAUGAUGUCAUAAUGUUUGCGUUGUAGGUCUUGAUUGCUUACACUGUUUUUAUGUAAACGAGGCGCAACAAUCAAAAUAAAGGAUUUUUCAAAU